UAUUUUCUCUCUCUACGAUCGUCGAUAAGUGCCCAACUCCUCUUCUUUCAUUUCUGGAGUGCCAGUCUCAGAGAGCAUCACCCCAAACAAUGAGCUCACCCACCAAACAAGAUCAACAGAGCUCUGUUAAAAGAGUAGCUGUUGUUGGUGCUGGUGUAAGCGGGCUUGCUGCAGCCUACAAGCUGAAAUCACAUGGUUUUGACGUCGCGGUGUUCGAAGCCGAGGGAAGAGCUGGAGGGAAGCUCAGAAGCGUUUCGCGUGAUGGUCUUAUUUGGGAUGAAGGAGCAAACACAAUGACCGAGAGUGAAACGGAGGUCCAAACUUUGCUUGAUAAUCUUGGACUAAGAGAAAAACAACAAUUUCCGAUUUCACAGACUAAGCGUUAUAUUGUAAGGAAUGGGUCGCCUGUGCUGUUACCUACCAAUCCAAUCGCGCUGAUCACGAGCAAUUUUCUUUCAGCACAAUCAAAGCUUCAAAUUAUUCUAGAGCCAUAUUUAUGGAAGAAAAAAGGAGUUUCCGACGAUAACACCCAAGAAAGUGUGGGUGGGUUCUUUCAGCGUCAUUUUGGGCCAGAGGUUGUUGAUUAUCUCAUUGACCCCUUUGUUGCCGGCACAAGUGGUGGAGAUCCCGAAUCACUUUCUAUGCGCCAUUCUUUUCCGGAUUUAUGGAACAUGGAAAAAAGGUUUGGUUCCGUUAUAUCUGGGGCAAUUAAAUCAAAAUUAUCUGCCAAAAAGGAAAAAAGUGGACAAACAAAGGGUUCUGUAGAAAAAGGGAAGCGUCAGCGGGGUUCAUUUUCCUUUCAUGGUGGAAUGCAGACACUCACCGAUACCUUGUGCAGCCAGUUUGGCAAAGAUGAGCUUAAACUGAACUCAAAGGUUUUGUCGUUAUCUUAUAGUCAUGAUGGGAAGUCUGCAUUUGAAAAUUGGUCUGUUUCCUCUGCUGCUAAGGAUGACAAGCAUUCACAAAGUUUAUCUGUUGACGCUGUAGUCAUGACGGCUCCACUGUGUAACGUCAAAGAAAUGAAUAUCACGAAAAGAGGAACUCUCUUCCCUCUUGAUUUUUUUCCUGAGGUGGCUUAUAUACCACUAUCAGUGAUAAUAACGACCUUCAAGAAGGAAGAUGUUAAGAGACCCCUUGAGGGAUUUGGAGUUCUUGUGCCCUCUAAAGAGCAGAAAAAUGGCUUAAAAACUCUUGGCACUCUUUUUUCAUCCAUGAUGUUUCCAGAUCGUGCACCUAGUGACCUGCAUCUUUAUACUACCUUUGUUGGGGGAAGUCGAAACAAGGAACUAGCAAAAGCUUCAACGGAUGAAUUGAAGAAGAUUGUUACCUCUGACAUUAGGCACUUGCUGGGAGCAGAAGGCGAGCCUACAUCCGUGAACCAUUACCACUGGAGCAAAGCAUUUCCAUUGUACGGGCGUAACUAUGAUUCAGUUAUAGAAGCAAUUGAGAAGAUGGAGAAAAAUCUCCCCGGGUUCUUCUAUGCAGGUAACCAUCGGGGCGGACUCUCAGUUGGCAAAGCAAUAGCUUCUGGAUGCAAAGCAGCUGAACUUGUAAUCGCCUAUCUGGAAUCUCCGCCGGACGAGAAGACGCGUCGGGAAUGAUGAUUGUUUUAGAAACAGAAGGUGUAUCCUUUGCUCUUGGAUGUAGGAUCCAAUACUGGUUUAUGAAUUAUGCUGGCAGAGUUUUAGUUGUAAAUGUCGAACAUACUACAUUUGAGCUUUCUGAUGUAAAAUGCAUGCUUUCGUGGAUUUCGUUUUCAA